AGCAAGGAAAUUGGGGUUAAACUCAGGUCUUUCUUCUUCAUGUAUUUAGGUCCCAUGAACAGAUCUACACAUGUUGUGACUGAGUUUGUUCUCCUAGGAUUCCCUGGUUCCUGGAAGAUACAAAUUUUCCUCUUCUUGAUGUUUUUGGUGGUUUAUGUCUUGACCUUACUGGGAAAUGCAGCCAUCAUCUGUGCAGUAAGAUGUGACUCUCGACUCCACACCCCCAUGUACUUUCUCCUGGGGAAUUUUGCCUUCCUUGAAAUCUGUUACGUUUCCUCCACUGUUCCUAACAUGCUGGCCAACAUUCUCUCUAAGACUAAGGCCAUCUCAUUCUCAGGGUGCUUCCUCCAGUUCUAUUUCUUCUUUUCAUUGGGUACAACUGAAUGUCUCUUCCUGGCAGUGAUGGCUUAUGAUCGGUACCUGGCCAUUUGCCGCCCACUACACUACCAUACCAUCAUGACCGAGAGGUUCUGCAGCAUACUGUUGUCUUCAUGCUGGUUCAUUGGAUUCCUCGGAUACCCAGUCCCCAUUUUCUUCAUCUCCCAGCUCCCCUUCUGUAGUUCUAAUAUCAUUGACCACUUCCUGUGUGACAUGGACCCAUUGAUGGCUCUGUCCUGUGCCCCUGCUCCUAUUACUGAAAUUGUUUUUUAUGCCCAGAGUUCCUUUGUCCUCUUUUUCACCAUUAUGUACAUUCUUCGAUCCUAUAUUUUGUUGCUCAGAACUGUCUUUCGGAUUCCUUCUGCAGCUGGCCGCCAAAAGGCCUUCUCCACCUGCUGUUCCCAUUUGGUUGUGGUAUCUCUGUUCUACGGGACAGUCAUGGUAAUGUAUGUGAGUCCUACAUAUGGCAUCCCAACUUUGAUGCAGAAGGUCCUCACAUUAGUGUAUUCAGUAAUGACUCCUCUCUUUAAUCCUCUAAUCUAUAGUCUUCGUAAUAAGGACAUGAAACUUGCACUGAGAAAUGUCUUGUUAGGAACAAGAAUUACUAAAAAUACAUGAGUCAAAGAUGUGCCAUACUUAGAAGUUCUAAUAAA